UCGCAGGACCGGACGAGGCAUUGCAGCCGCUGCGCUGGGCGCUCGCGAGGACCGCCGUUGUGAGCAGCUCGACUUUCCGCCCAAACUGGGGGAGCCAGACCGCGAGCGCCUGUGAAUCGUGUGCCUUCGGUGAUCUCCUAAUCCUCCGUGUCCUUCGAGUCCCUCCUGCUGCAGACAGGUCCCCUGUACUUCCGUACACGCGAGCCUUGCACGCCCACUGCAGUGCAGCCUCGGAGGCAGGACAGACCCCUGCGAGCGUAGACCGCAGCCGCAGCCCAGCUCCCCUCUCCCUGCACGCUCCUCCACCUACAGCUGCGCUGAGCUGCCGCCUCUGAACGCAAAGCAAACGCUGCAGUGACGGUUCCUGCGUCACCUUAACAUCCAAAGUAAAUGCUAACGUUUCGCGUAUCUGUACCAUCUCUCAAUCGGCACUCUCCAAACGUUUGGCACGGUGUUCACUACCCUAAUAAGACCUCAGCUUCCCUUGGGAGGGGAGGGAACACUGGCAGUUGCUGGGUCAUUUGAAGACUACGGUGGAGGGUUUGGUAUCAGCCAACAGCCCCAACGUCUGGUCUAAGUAUGGUGGCUUGGAGCGGCUCUGCAGGGACAUGCAGAGCAUCCUCUAUCACGGGCUUAUCCGUGACCAGGCGUGCCGCCGCCAGACUGAUUACUGGCAGUUCGUGAAAGACAUACGGUGGCUCAGUCCCCACUCAGCCCUUCACGUGGAGAAGUUCAUCAGCUUGCACGAGAACGGCCAGAGCAGUGCUGAUGGUGUGAGCGAACGUGCUGUUGCCGAGUUGUGGCUGCAGCACAGCCUGCAAUACCACUGCCUCUCAGCCCAGCUCCGGCCUCUGCUCGGGGAUAGACAGUAUAUCAGAAAAUUCUACACAGAUGCUGCUUUCCUGCUAAGUGAUGCUCACGUCACGGCCAUGCUCCAGUGCCUGGAAGCAGUGGAACAGAACAACCCCCGCCUCCUGGCUCAGAUAGAUGCAUCCAUGUUUGCCAGAAAGCACGAGAGCCCACUCCUGGUGACAAAGAGCCAGAGCCUGACAGCUCUGCCCAGUUCCACAUACACCCCUCCAACCAGCUAUGCUCAGCAUUCCUACUUUGGGUCCUUCUCUAGCCUCCACCAAUCCAUGCCCAACAAUGGCUCAGAGAGAAGAUCUACUUCCUUUUCACUCUCUGGCCCUCCCCGGAAACCUCAAGAAAGCAGAGGGCACGUCUCACCAGCAGAGGAUCAAACCAUCCAAGCCCUCCCGGUUUCAGUCUCUGCACUAGCCAGGGAUUCCGCCUUAACCCCAAAUGAGAUGAGCUCCAGUACUCUGACCAGCCCUAUAGAGGCAUCCUGGGUCAGCAGCCAGAAUGAUUCCCCAAGUGAUGCCAGUGAGGGGCCUGAGUACCUGGCCAUUGGCAACUUGGACCCCCGAGGCCGGACUGCCAGCUGUCAGAGUCACAGCAGCAAUGCCGAGAGCAGCAGCUCCAAUUUGUUCUCCUCCAGCAGCUCCCAGAAGCCAGAUUCUGCUGCCUCUUCCUUAGGGGACCAGGAGGGAGGUGAGGAGAGCCAGCUGUCCAGUGUCCUCCGCAGGUCCAGCUUCUCAGAGGGGCAGACACUCACCGUCACCAGUGGGGCAAAGAAGAGCCAUAUUCGCUCCCAUUCGGAUACCAGCAUCGCCUCCAGAGGAGCUCCAGGAGGUCCCAGGAAUAUCACCAUUAUAGUUGAAGAUCCCAUUGCAGAAUCCUGCAAUGAUAAGGCGAAGUUGAGAGGCCCCUUGCCCUACUCUGGUCAAAGCAUUGAAGUCAGCACACCCAGUUCUCUGUACAUGGAGUAUGAAGGUGGUCGGUACUUGUGCUCAGGGGAAGGCAUGUUCCGAAGACCAUCAGAAGGACAGUCCCUCAUCAGCUACCUCUCUGAGCAAGACUUCGGCAGCUGUGCCGACCUGGAAAAGGAGAAUGCCCACUUCAGCAUCUCAGAGUCCUUAAUCGCUGCCAUUGAGCUAAUGAAGUGCAACAUGAUGAGCCGGUGCCUGGAGGACGGGGAGGAAGAGGAAGACAGUGACAGAGAGAUCCAGGAGCUGAAGCAGAAGAUCCGCCUUCGGCGCCAGCAAAUCCGCACCAAGAACCUGCUCCCUGUGUACCAGGAGGCUGAGCAUGGAAGCUUUCGGGUCACCUCCAGCAGCUCCCAGUUCAGCUCACGCGAUUCAGCACAUCUCUCUGACUCUGGCUCUGCUGAUGAGGUUGAUGAAUUUGAAAUCCAAGAUGCUGACAUCAGACGGAACACAGCCUCAAGCAGCAGAUCCUUCGCUUCCUCCCAGUCCUUCUCCCACGGCUUCCUGCACUCCACAUCUGCUGAGGCGGUGGCCAUGGGGCUCCUGAAGCAGUUUGAGGGGAUGCAGCUUCCAGCUGCCUCAGAGCUGGAGUGGCUCGUCCCGGAGCACGACGCACCUCAGAAGCUUCUACCCAUCCCUGACUCACUGCCCAUCUCACCGGAUGACGGGCAGCAUGCUGACAUCUACAAGCUGCGGAUUCGUGUUCGUGGCAACUUGGAGUGGGCGCCCCCCCGGCCUCAGAUAAUUUUUAAUGUUCAUCCCGCCCCAACGAGGAAAAUUGCCGUGGCCAAGCAGAAUUACCGCUGUGCAGGAUGUGGCAUCCGGACUGACCCUGAUUAUAUCAAGCGACUGCGGUACUGUGAGUACCUGGGCAAGUACUUCUGCCAGUGCUGCCAUGAGAAUGCACAGAUGGUCAUCCCCAGCCGGCUUCUGCGCAAGUGGGACUUCAGCAAGUACUACGUCAGCAAUUUCUCCAAGGACCUGCUCAUUAAGAUCUGGAAUGAUCCUCUCUUCAACGUGCAGGACAUAAACAGUGCCCUCUACAGGAAGGUCAAGCUGCUCAAUCAAGUCCGGCUGCUGCGGGUCCAGCUGUGUCACAUGAAGAACAUGUUCAAGACUUGUCGACUGGCCAAGGAGCUUCUGGAUUCCUUUGACACAGUCCCGGGCCACCUGACGGAGGACCUCCACCUGUACUCACUGAAUGAUCUGACAGCGACCAGGAAGGGGGAGCUGGGGCCCCGGCUUGCUGAGCUCACCAGGGCAGGGGCUGCCCAUGUGGAGAGAUGCAUGCUCUGCCAAGCCAAGGGCUUCAUCUGUGAGUUCUGUCAGAAUGAGGAUGACAUCAUCUUUCCCUUUGAGCUCCAUAAGUGCCGGACCUGUGAAGAGUGUAAAGCGUGUUACCAUAAAGCCUGCUUCAAGUCUGGAAGCUGUCCGCGCUGCGAGCGGCUGCAGGCCCGGCGGGAGGCGCUGGCCAGGCAGAGCCUGGAGUCUUACCUGUCGGACUACGAGGAGGAGCCCGCCGAAGCGUUGGCCCUGGAAGCCGCCGUCCUGGAGGCCACCUGAAGAAAGCACGUGAAGCCCCUGUCUGGGCCGGGGUCACACAUAUUGCAGAACUGAGCCACUCUUUGAAGGACUUGCCCCACCUGGGGCUGCUUCUUUUUUUUAAUUAUCAUUUUUUUUUACUGACUUGUCUGACGUCCAUGUGCAGUCAGCCUUUGGUAGGUUGAUGGGUCCAGAGUCUGUGGUGACAGGUAAUUUGUAAGCUCCAGGUGUUUUCAUCAGAACUGACAUGUGGGUCCUUCAGUGAAGCUUCUAGUGCCUCUGUCAGGGGAAGAGACAGCAAGACCCAGUUCUUCCAGCGUCUGUGGCCUUCUCCUCUAG